AUGAUCAAACCCUUAUUCCAUGAUGUUGUUAGAUCUGAAACCUUUACACAAAAAUCAGCAGAAUACAAAAUUUAUACAGCCAUCUUCAAUAACCAACCACAAAGUGAUCCCAACUUCACAGCACCCACUACAGAGACUGCAACACACCAAUGGACAGAUACAGCUAUAAAUGAUUUGAUGCACCACAACUUGCAGAGUGAUGAGGAUCAUCAGUUAAUGUACACAGUAAAUGCCAGCAAAACACCACAAAAACAUGGAAGGAAAAAGCUCCGUCUCUAUGAAUAUCUCUUUGAGACUCUGUAUGACAUCAACAUGGCAGACUGCAUCCAAUGGGUGGACCAAGCCAAUGGUAUCUUCCAAUUUGUCUCUAAAAACAAAGAAAAGCUGGCAGAGUUGUGGGGCAAAGAAAAGGGCAACCGUAAAAUAAUGACGUAUCAGAAAAUGGCCAGAGCCCUACGUAAUUAUGGCAGAACUGGAGAAGUUAUGAAAAUAAAAAAAAAACUGACAUACCAGUUUAGUGAGAUAGUUUUACAAAAACUGUCCUCUGCCAGCUUAUCGGGGAAAGAAGCCAAAUACUGCCAAUAUCUUCCACCAGGGAUGGACUACUGGAACAGCCAUUAUUGUGGGGAGGUUAGCAAGUAUGGUUAUAACAACAGUGUAUAUCCUUUCAGCCACCAGUACAUAUAAAUGGAAUUAUCCGUGACAGCAUUUACAAACCGUUCUACCAAUCUCUUUUGUUGUUAAGAACAGUUUGUCAUACACACAUUAUAGACUGAGGUGUGG